GCCCCCUGCCCCGCCGCCCUGCCGGCCCGGCCCCGAGCGCCCGGAGCGCCCGCGCCCGCGCAGGGGCGGACCCGAGUGCCUCACCAACCCUCCCGCCCAGCUUCCCCGAAGCUUCUCCGCCAGGAGGAACCUGCCGCGCCGCCCGCCCCCCGGCCGCCGCGAGCCGCACUUGAACUCCGCCGCGCCGGCCUCCCACCUGGCGCCGCCCCGAGCGCGGCGAGGAGCGGCUGCCGCGCGCGCCGAUGAGAGGCCGGGAAGGAGCGUGAGGAGGGUCGGCGCGCGCCCGGGCGCCAGGGGUCCCCACUGGGGAGCGCGGCGCAGCACAGGCGGCCGGGAAGACCGCGGGGAAUGCCCGUGCGGCCCCUGGGCACCUCGGCGCAGUAAUGCCAGCAUGAUGUUUCGCUCAAGUCGCAUGUGGAGCUGUCACUGGAAAUGGAAGCCAAGUUCUCUUCUGUUCUUAUUUGCUUUAUAUCUUGUGCAUGUUCCUCAGUCAGUGUUGGGAUGUGCCCACUGCAGGGUCGUCCUGUCCAGCCCUUCCGGAACGUUUACUUCUCCGUGCUACCCUAAUGACUACCCUAACAGCCAGGCUUGCAUGUGGACGCUCCGAGCCCCCACCGGCUACAUCAUUCAGAUAACAUUUAAUGACUUCGACAUUGAAGAAGCUCCCAAUUGCAUUUAUGACUCAUUAUCCCUUGAUAAUGGAGAGAGCCAGACAAAAUUUUGUGGAGCAACUGCCAAAGGCCUAUCAUUUAACUCAAGUGCGAAUGAGAUGCAUGUGUCCUUUUCCAGUGAUUUUAGCAUCCAGAAGAAGGGCUUCAAUGCCAGCUACAUCAGAGUUGCUGUGUCCUUAAGGAAUCAAAAGGUCAUUUUACCCCAGGCACUUGAUGUUUACCAGGUGUCUGUUGCAAAAAGUGUCUCUAUUCCGCAGCUCAGUGCUUUCACGCUCUGUUUUGAAGCAACCAAAGUUGGCAAGGAAGACAGUGAAUGGAUAGCUUUCACCUACUCAGAUGCAUCCUUCACACAACUGCUCAGUUUUGGCAAGUCCAAGGGUGGCUACUUCAUAUCUAUUUCUGGCUCAAAAUGCUUACUAAACAGCGUGUUACCUGUAAAAGAUAAAGAAGACAUUUUCAUAGAAAACUUCGAGCAGCUGUGCAUCCUUUGGAAUAAUACUGUGGGUUCUGUUGGCGUGAAUUUCAAAAGAAACUAUGAAGCAGUCCCCUGCGAUUCUACCAUUGGUAAAGUUAUUCCUGGGAGUGGGAAAUUGGUGUUAGGCUCCAGUCAAAAUGAAGUUGCCUCUAUAAAAGGGGACAUUUAUAACUUCCGACUUUGGAAUUUUACCAUGAAUUCCAAAAUCCUCUCCAACCUCAGCUGUAAUGUGAAAGGGAAUGUGAUCGACUGGCAAAAUGACUUUUGGAAUAUCCCAACUCUAGCUCUGAAAGCUGAAAACAACCUAAGCUGUGGAUCCUACCUGAUCCCACUCCAAGUAGCAGAACUAGCCAGCUGUGUGGAUUUGGGGACCCUCUGCCAAGGGCUCCUGAAGAGAGACUUCUUGAAAAUGACCCAUAGCACAAGAGAAUCUGUAACACAAGAUGGAAUUGUCUUUAGAAUCUCCAUAGUGAUUCAAAACAUCCUUCGUCACCCUGAGGUUAAAGUACAGAGCAAGGUGGCAGAAUGGCUCAAUUCAACCUUCCGAAGUUGGAACUACACGGUUUAUGUGGUUAAUAUCAGUUUUCACUUGAACACAGGAGAGGACAAGAUUAAAGUCAAGAGAAGUAUUGUGGAUGAUCAAAGGUUGAUGAUCAGGGCCCUUCUAGUCUACAAUGCUACCAACAGUCCCAGUUUAGAAGGAAAGGUCAUUCAACAGAAGCUCUUAAAAAACAACGAUUCCCUGGGUGAGGGCUUGAGGCUGUAUACAGUGAAUGUGAGGCAACUGGGUUUUUGUCUUGCCGAUGAGGAUCCCAAAGGCUAUCAUUGGCCAGUCAUCCCACCUUCUGUGUACAUCUCUCCCUGUCCAGGGAAGCAAGGCUUUUAUGCUUCACGGACAUGUCACCGUGACCCUACUAACACAUCUUUAGUCUACUGGGGACCUCCUGAUAUCUCCAACUGUUCAAGGGAAGCCAGUGAAGUUGCCAAUCAGAUUUUAAAUUUAACUGGUGAUGGGCAGACCUUAACCUCAGCCAACAUUACCAGCAUUGUAGAACAGGUCAAAAGGAUCGUGAAUAAAGAAGAAAACAUUGAUAUAAUGCUUGGCUCAACUUUAAUGAAUAUAUUUUCUAACAUCUUAACCAGUUCAGACAGCGACUUGCUUGAGUCUUCUUCUGAGGCUUUAAAAACAAUUGAUGAAUUGGCCUUCAAGAUAGACCUAAAUAGCACAUCACAUGUGAAUAUUACAACUCGGAAUUUGGCCCUUGGAGUGUCAUCCCUGUCCCCAACAACAAAUGAAAUUUCAAAUUUUAGCAUCAGUCUUCCAAGCAAUAAUGAAUCCUAUUUCCAGAUGGAUUUUGAGAGUGAACAAGUGGAUCCAUUGGCCUCUGUAAUUUUACCUCCAAACUUAUUUGAGAAUUUAAGUCAAGAAGAUUCUAUAUUAAUUAAAAGAGCACAGUUUACUUUUUUCAAUAAAACAGGACUUUUCCAGGAUGUAGAAACCAAGAAAGGCACCUUAGUGAGCUAUGUGAUGGCGUGCAGUAUUGGAAACAUUACCAUCCAGGAUCUGAAGGAUCCUGUGCGAAUUAAAAUCAAACAUACAAGAAACCAGGCAGUGCCUCAUCCCAUCUGUGCCUUCUGGGAUCUGAACAAAAACGAAGGUUCUGGAUUUUGGAACACGUCAGGAUGUGUGGCACACAGAGAAUCAGAUGCGGGCGAAACGGUCUGCCUAUGUGACCACCUCACACACUUUGGAGUUCUGAUGGACCUUCAAGGCACUGCCUCACAGAUAGAUUCAAGAAACACCAAAGUCCUCACCUUCAUCACCUAUGUUGGGUGUGGAAUAUCUGCUAUUUUUUCAGCAGCAACUCUCCUGACAUAUGUUGCCUUUGAAAAAUUGCGAAGGGAUUAUCCCUCCAAAAUCUUGAUGAACCUGAGCACAGCGCUGCUAUUCCUGAAUCUCAUCUUCCUCCUGGACGGCUGGGUCACCUCGUUUCACGUGAAUGGACUUUGCAUCGCUGUUGCAGCCCUGUUACAUUUCUUCCUUCUUGCCACCUUUACCUGGAUGGGGCUAGAAGCAAUCCACAUGUACAUUGCUCUGGUUAAAGUAUUCAACACUUAUAUUCGCCGAUAUAUACUGAAAUUCUGCAUCAUUGGCUGGGGGCUGCCCGCCUUAGCAGUGUCGGCAAUUCUUGCAAGCAGAAACCAAAGUGAAGUCUAUGGGAAAGAGAGUUAUGGAAAAGAACAAGGUGAUGAAUUCUGUUGGAUCCAGGACCCAGUUGUAUUCUAUGUGACCUGUGCUGGCUACUUUGGAGUCAUGUUUUUCCUGAAUGUUGCCAUGUUCAUCGUGGUAAUGGUGCAGAUCUGUGGGAGAAAUGGCAAGAGAAGCAACCGGACUCUGCGUGAAGAGGUUUUAAGGAACCUGCGCAGUGUGGUCAGCCUGACGUUUCUGCUGGGCAUGACGUGGGGUUUUGCUUUCUUUGCCUGGGGACCCUUAAACGUCCCAUUCAUGUACCUCUUCUCCAUCUUCAAUUCAUUACAAGGCUUAUUUAUAUUUAUCUUCCACUGUGCUAUGAAGGAGAAUGUUCAGAAACAGUGGAGGCGGCAUCUCUGCUGUGGUAGAUUUCGGUUAGCUGACAACUCAGACUGGAGUAAAACAGCUACUAAUAUCAUCAAGAAAAGUUCUGAUAAUCUAGGAAAAUCUCUGUCCUCAAGCUCCAUUGGUUCCAACUCAACCUAUCUUACAUCCAAAUCUAAAUCCAGCUCUACCACCUACUUCAAAAGGAAUAGCCACACAGAUAAUGUCUUCUAAGAGCAUUCCUUCAACAAAAGUGGAUCAUUCAGACAGUGCUUCCGUGGACAAGUCCUCAUCAAAACUGACCCAUGCUGAUGGAGAACAGACAUCAAUCUUACCUGUCCAUCAGGUCAUUGAUAAGGUCAAGGGUUAUUGCAAUGCUCAUUCAGAUAACUUCUAUAAAAAUAUUAUCAUGUCAGACACCUUCAGCCAUAGCACAAAGUUUUAAUGUCUUCAAUAUAAGAAAGAGGAGUCAGUCUGUAGAGACGUGAAGAUCUGCAAGCAGUGAGAACUAUGACCAGCAGAUGUAAAUAUGCUGUUACCUAUGUAACUGCAUGUAUAUGAGGAAUGUAUUUUGUUGAGGCUUUUGUAAAAUUCACAGUUUCUCUUUCUAGAGUAUUUCUUCCAUGAGGGAAUUUCCACCAUCACAAACUUCAGUACUGAGGGUAGCAUAACUCAGUAGCCAUAGGGGAUACAGUGUUUUUAAAAUACGUAAUUGGAUUAGAUUAAUCAGAACUCAGGAGGGAGACAUUAAAAUUAGAGGAGAAGGGAGACGCAGAAGGGAGACAAUCUCCAGUUUAUUACUCAUCCACACCCCACCUCAUCGUAGUUAGGUUUGGAGAUAGCCACUUGCUCCAUUAUCUUUCUCAACAAUCAAAAGCAUACUAAUAUUUAUAACUACUCUGGGAUGCCCACAAGUCCCUUCUCAGUGCUGGUUUCUAUGAAUGCUGUAGCAUUUCCUCUUUUUCAGUGAAAUUUCAGCAAUAGAUACAAAAGAAUGUCUGACCUAAAGAUUAGAAAGGAACUUCUUAUUUUGUCAAAUGUUUAAACUUCAAAACCAUAAUUUGCUUAAGAGAAAAGGAAUUCCCAAAAUUUUGACCUUGUUAAUGAGAGACCAUGUAAAUUUCUACUAUUUCACUUAUUCAAUUAAAGACACAAGGCUUAAAUCAUCACCAUUAAUUAUAAUUUAAUCCCAUCCAUUUAGUCAAGUUUAGUGUUGACAUUCCCUUAAUGUGGAGGUCUCAGUACACUCUGAUUUUGCUCCUAUACUGUAUUUGAGCCCACAGGCUCAUGCAGGGAAUGAGAAUGUCUAUUUGGCAUGCUGUGUACAGAGUCUCUCCCAUAUAGGAAGUACAAUCAUUGAUACCCUAUGGUCUUGUCCUUGCUCUACAGACUUUUCCAUUUGCAGUUGAAAAGCCUCUUACUGCCUGUUCCAAGAGUUUUGCUCCAAGGAGUAUAAAUUUAGAUAUAGCAAUGACUUACCAUAAUCAAAAUAAUUUAUAAACAUGUGAGUCUACAAUUGCUAGUCUAUAAAGUAUUUGUACAUAAUAUAAGAGCCAGAAUAGGUCUGGCAAGAUAGAUGAUGUGUUAUUUAUAGAUUAGGUUUCUCAUACAAGCCAUGCAUAUUAAGCAGCCUACCUAAUUUCCAACUAUCCUGAGUAAUAUGCUUGCUAGUGAAUAUGUAAGGGGGACUGCAUUUUAAUUGUUGGUCAAUGAUGGAGUCAUAUCCAGUUUCUUAGAAAUUGGUCUCAGUACAUGCUCUGCCUUUGCAUUGAUUUCCUCUGGUAAUCUGGGAAUCAUCAGAUUCUGGGAGGUGAACAACCUAAGUGGUAAGAAGAUGAGAUACCUGGCACAGCCAAUCUGCCUAAAGGCUGAAGCCAGAACUGAAUACCUGGGAGCCUUUCCUUCUGUGUGAACAGGUAGCUCUGAGCCUGAGACAUUAGAGAACUUUCAGGCUAUGCAGCAAGCAAGGGGCCUUUCACUUUCUGCUGAUUUUCAGACAUGAAGCUAUUUGCCAGACUUGAAUGAAUGAUAAGAUAAUGUGCUAGUGUGUUUUUAUUACCAUUCCAUUUUGCAGCAGGCUGGAACACUGUCGCGGGAGACAUGAGCACUGCCCAGCUUGGCUUUCACAGGGGAGGGGUGUAUAUAGUAGGAAAGGGUAGUAAAUCUUAAGGUCACUAAGAUUCACCACAGUAGAGCCAAGUCUUUUCUUUAGGCAUAUCUAUUCACAGGCUGCUUAUUCUGUCAGAGGUUACAUAUAGAUGAAAAUUAAUCUUAAAUAGUUACUGAAUCUUCUUAUACUUUCCCCCAAGCCUUAGAGAUUCAUGAUAGAGUUUAAUUAGCUUUCUACUGUGAAAUUUCUACCCAAAGUGCCUAUUUAGUUAAUAGUAAUUAAAAGAUAGCUUCAGAAAUGACUUUGAUUUCUACUCAUAUUCAUCCAGAUCUGGGAAAACAUUUUUUUCACAUUUCAACACCACUUUAGAAAUGUCCCAGUAACCCGGGAAGGAGAAACGAACAGACAGCUGAAUAGUGUAUUUAAAAGACUGAGCCUAAUUCUACCCUCAGUUCGAGCAUAUAGUUCUCACCUUCAUUUUACCUCCUCAAAACAGAAUUACAGGAAUUUAGCUGUGGAGCCAAAAUUUAGUUUAGCCUAACUUUGAGAAUAAUACAGAUUCAGAUUAUUUUUUCCUUCUUUUUCCUCUUUUUAAACUGUCUUGUGUUUGAGUCUUAGUCUGAGAGCCUAAGAAAUUUUCCAUGUCACCAUUACUUGCAUGUAAAGCUUUUCUUUGUCCAUGGUUACACAGACUCUUUUGUACAUCUUUAUUUAUUUGUGUUUAUAAAUGUCAGUUUGUUUCCUAUCUUAGCUUUAUAUUGCCUGGCUUUGUUAUUUUAAUUAACUUUAUUGGAGAGACUGUAUAUAUUUUUUCUAAAUACAUUGUGAAAGAGUUCUUUGUAGCAAUAACUUUGAAUAUGAUGAGUAAAAGUGACUGUGAGUGCAAAUUAGAAUUAGUAGUAAGAAGCUACUCUACCUGAUUUGCCAUUUUACUUAAAUGGAAAUUGAUUUUCAAAUAAAAACUUAUGUUGUUUGUGUUC